AUGCUCAGGCUAGGAGUUUCCAGGACUCCUAUUAACCGCCAAUUCGUCGGUUAUGAACAGAGACGUCACUUUAUAGUAGCAUCCGCACUCACUUUGGGGGGAUUCGUAUUUGGUAAAAGGGCAAAAUUAGCAGAUGCUAUGGAAAAUGGAGAGUUGCAUAAUAAGAAUAAUGAUGAUGAGGCUAUUCGUAAAGAUCGUAUGGAUAAGAGAUUGAAAAAACUUUCAGAGACGAGACCUAUAAAACCACGUUAUGAAGGUCAUGUUCCGCUCUAUCCACAUGAAAGAAUGUUACUAUUCGCCAUAUCUGGGCUCAAAUCGUUCUUCCAUCCAGAGGAUGGUAAUAAUAUUGUUAAAUUGGGUGAGUCAUCGGCUUUCCCCUUCGUAUUGGAAUCUCUAAAGCAGUGCAUGUUAGGAGAUGAGACUGGUAGACGUAUACUUCGAGAACAACCAAAUAUUACCUCAGAUACCUUAGAUAUGGAUCGUUUGAAGAAAAUGGACAAGAACAGUUUAGGCUAUACGUAUUACACAUGGUUGAUUACGGAAGGUGUUUCUCCAGAUACAAGAGCCCCAGUGAAAUAUAUUGAUGAUCCACUGCAGGCUUUUAUAUUUAAACGUUACAGACAGUGUCACGAUUUUUACCAUGCAAUCAAUGGAUUACCAAUUAUCAUUGAAGGUGAAAUUGCUAUCAAGGCCUUAGAAGCUGCUAAUAUGGGUAUUCCCAUGGCUGCCUUGGGAGCUCUUUUAGCGCCAUUGCGUUUAAAGCCAAUCCAAAAAGAAAGACUUUAUGACAUAUACUUACCAUGGGCUAUAAGAACAGGAUUAAGUUGUAAGCCAUUAAUUAACGUCUAUUGGGAAGAGCUUCUAGAGAAAGAUGUUAAUGAAUUGAGAAAAGAAUUGGGUAUUCAACCACCACCUAACCUGAGAGCCAUUAGACAAGAGCGUUCAAAGAUUAGAAAAGAAUUAAAAAUGAAAUACGACGCCUAUGAGGUUGGUAUGUAA